AUGGAGCCCGGCGGAUUCCGAGAUGACUCGUCCGUGGGGCUGUCGUCACACAACGCACUCAACACACAACACAAUGCUCCGAUGCGUAAGCAAGAACGACCAACACGCACAACGAUGGAGCGCAAUGAACGGAUGAACGGAUGGAGAAAUGGAUCAUCCAAACAACUCUGGCUCUUGUGUGUUGUGUCAGCACGCCUUCCAGCAUUCCCCAUUCCCAGAGUCCCUCUCGCAUCACCCGUGUAUGGCCGCCCUCCCCGCCCUCCCCCUCACCUGCCCCACCUGCACCCCGGCAUCCCCUCGCACGUCCCCGGCGUCCCUCCCUCCGCUGCGCGCAUCCGUCCACAUCCGAUCUACGCCAAUCCCAUGGCCUCGAGUGCGCAACUCGGCUUCACAGCCAACCGCCCCCCCUUCUUGCCGCCGCAGAGUCUCGGCGUGCACGGGUCGAGUGUGAUGGCAGCAGGUCCGUUGUUGCGGCCGACGGGAAGUGGCGGCAGGGGGGAGUCUGUCCGACACGGGAGUGAUGUAGGUGACGAGGUGGCGGUGGAGGGGAGUGUGCAGGAGGUGGUAGAGUCUCUCAGGACACACAUAGAACAGGUGAGAUGACCGCAUCACCGACUCACCACCACAGACAUCGCAUGUGGUCUUUCUCCCGUCCUGCAGAUUGGUUGGGCUGGGCGAGUUCUGCGGGAUGAGCACUCGCGAGCUCUCAAGCCGGAUUGCGAAAUGCCCAUUCAGACACACAACAAUGAAGACGCUGGCCAGGUGCAUACACUCAAAGCAGCACAGGUCACACACAGCUGCACACAUACAUCCUUUCCUCUCCAUAACCUUUCUGUGUCCAGGAGGAUGCCGGCGGUUCUGCAGUGGAGCGUCUCCGUCAGGCGGCCGAGAAGGUGGAGGCUGCAGAGGCGUCGCUGUUGAGUGCGGCCAACACCCUCCUGCCUAUGACCCAGAUCCCUGCAUCAGCAUCAGCACUGGUAUGCGCCUGAGCAUUGGGAGAGGCCACCAGACCUCUGACAUGACCUCACCGAUCGGUGUUGUGUGUUGUGCCAGCAUGACCGACCACCGUCGUAUCGUCUGGUCAAACUCAGCGACAGACAGCCACCGCCCGAGCCACCGGUGCGCACACACCACUGCACACAUAACUCCACGCAGCGAAUCCCACUCGUUCACCUGUCCCUUCUCUGCAUGUGUGGGUGUAUCUGUGCAGGCGGCAGAUCGUGUGUACGGCAACGUGGACGCCAGCGGCCACCUGCUGACCAUGCACUCGUUCUGGCAGCUCGCCAAGGCCGCCGCCCCCCACUUCGACCGCAUAGUCUUCGACUACAGAUGCCGCGACGAGUGGGAGGCGGUGCCCCCCUCCGCGGCAUUCGAGAUCGGCAAGCGUGCCGUGAACCUCAAGACCGUGGUAGUGCGGCACCCCUUCCACUCCCCUCACUGGUGGAUCGGCGGCUGGUCGUCGUUCAUCGAGGGGCACUCGCGCGGCGUGGAGGAGAGGAGGAAGACCGGGUGGCAGGGUGGGGGGAUCGAGGAACUCGUCUUUGUGACCAUCCUCGCCCCGGACGCCAGCCUUCCCCAAACGGCCCCCCACACACCUCCUUCGCCCAUCACCCUCCUCCCAUCCUUCAAUUUCCCGGCACUCAAGUCCAUCGAGGGCGCCGACCAGGACCACCGUCACCUGUUCGACAGUCGGCGGUGGCGCAUGCCGGCUCUCGAGCGGUUCGAGGGGGGGGCGAUGUCCUUUGGGGCGUUCUGCGGCACGUCCGAUCGGCUGCAGUCCUUAGAUGUUGGCGCCACUGUCGUUGGCAACGUAGCUGGUGUGAUCGAGGGAUUCCCAGGGGAGGGGUCGUCCAAGCUCGAGCGUCUGCAGCAGAUACGUGGCCUCGUCUUGGUGGGCCGGGACGCGGACUCAGAAAACAUCGACAGACUUCGAGUGAGGCGCAAAGAGCACACAGAGAGAUAUCCGAGACAUCAGGUCGUUGUCUGUGUCUUAAUCGUGUCUUCUAUAGGACGCGCUCAAGUCGCGGGGCUGCUCGAAGGUGCAGCAUCUUGGCGUCAUUUGCCGAUCGGGCAUCAACUUCAAGAUCACCCUGCCCACCCUCCGGGCCAUCGAAGGAUUCCUCCCUGCGGCAGUCCCCCGAUCCGGCCUUCCCACGGGGGCCGAGCUGUCGGUCAGCUUUAAGACCCGGCCCAGCCUCAGCUUCGACAUGUCGCUGCUGCAUCGCAUCCCCGCCCCCUCCCCCCUGAUGAAGGACAUGCUGCGGCAGCUCGCCUCGCCCGCCCUCCAAGUCAUGUGGGCGCCGGACGUGAGCUUCAUCGAGCACCCGACCAGCCUCUCAUGCGAGAAGGCCUUCAUAGAGAGCAUCCGAUUCAACAGCGCCUUUCAGCUGACCAUCCUCCAGAGCGGCCCCACCCUCCCUGCCGGCCACCCCUCCACCCCUGACCCGCACGCACCCUCAUCAUAUGUGUGGUCUGUCAUCGACUACAUCGCCCCAUCGGCAUUCCCGAAUGCACUCAGCUACCUGACUGUAGCCGGUCCGUUCGGCUGUGCGGCGGCCACCCGGCUGCUGACGGCGGGCAAGGUCUGCAUGACGGCAGAGUCUCGCGUGUGGGCGUAUGACGUGCAGGGGUCGGAGGCCCUUGACCUGAUGAGGGCGAUGGGCAGCGGGACAGCGCCCGGGGUGGUGCAGAUAAAGGGCGUGGCGGGGGGGAAUGUGGGCGGGCUGGAUGAGUGGGCGCGGGCGAGCGCUCAAGAUGAGCUGCCCAAGACCGAUUACCUUCACAUCAUCCUUGACGACCGUAAGCAAACGAGACAGAUGCAACUCGUCCAUCCAGAAAUGCAUUACAAUGUCUCUGUCCCCUUCUGUGUGUACACGGCUCAGAGUUAGCCGACGGCAUAGCGUGGGAGCAGUUGGAUACGAUGCUGGAGCAGAUUGUGCAGCCGACGAAGUGGCUAGUCCUCACGCUCCGCAUGCGAGACGAAGAGGAGUUCCUGGCCGCCGUCAAGAAGAUGACAGCCACGUUUCUGGCUGCCGACGUAUGGACAGUCGACCCCUCCUCGCGGGCCCUCCGCAUCUCUCGCGACCGGACGUACGGGUGGAGGGAGGAGGAUUCCAUGCUCACAUGGAUGUGCGGAUAUCUUUGGGUGUCUGUCUGUCUGUCUAUCGUGGCCGUCAGGUAGCUGCUGCUGUUGGCGCGCACACGAGUGCAUCAUCUAUUCAUCGAUGUCUGUCUGUGGGUGGGUGUGGUUACGUAUGAGAAAGACUCAGGGGUAGAAGGGGUGUAGAUUUGCCCAAUGUAUGUCUGUCUGUGUGUAUGUGUGUGGU